AUACAGAGCUGAAUCUCACUCUGCCGAAGACCCGGUGUGUGUUUAAUAUCAGUCAUCGAAAUCUGCGAUCGAAGUGAGUGCGGUUUUCACGGAUGGCCCCAAGUCCAAAAUUACACAAUUAGCUGAUUGACCCUCGAGUCAGCACAUUGGAACGGCCCUCAGAACCGUAGAAAACUGCCAAGCUGCUGUCAUUCCUUUCCAGUUCUGUCAGGAGAAAGAUUCAGCUGAUUAUUUAGCCUUGUGUUUUGUUGAUCUGCACUUCCAUUUCUUCCUCAAGCUCGACUGUGAAAUUGACGCCUCCCUGUCGACUCCUCCUGGCUCGAUCAGAUUGGGAAGGUGGAAUGGAGCCUCCGAGAAUCGGUGUGGUCAGGGAGUCCAUGCUGUCUAAUCCUCUUUUAAUGAGGGAUGAGCUGGGAAAAAGUAGCAAACGAGGAUUUCGGAUGCCUGGGCCCGAUUUUGUGUAUGGAAAACCGUACAUUGUCAGAGAUGGAGGCGUCCCAGAAGUGUUGACUAAAUGGAACUACGCCACUUCAGCUCCACGUCCUGGAAGUGGUGGUCAGAAGGCACUUCAAGACUUUGUGGCUUUGAACAGGGAGGCAGUGAAGUCCGGGCUGGUGACCGCCCAAGAGCACUACCAUUACCGGGCCUUACACGAUUACAAGUACAAUCCUGUCAAAGUAGGUCCCUGGAUGAAGCAUCACCCCCUCCCUGCUGACAUGACCUAUGGGCUCCCAUCACAGGUGGGGGACCCCAUUUAUUCUUUGAUGGAGCAUCGAUACCAGCACGACUGGCUGAAGGAGCAGCUGGCAUCUCAGGAGGCCCGUCAGGUUAAACAGCAGAUGAAGAAGGCUAAGCAGCAGAAGAUUAAGGAGACUCGGACGACUCAUCUGCGAAAGAGCUUGCCAGGAGAGGAGCAAACCACAUUCUGGCAAAUGCCUCGCUUUCAGAAGGUGGGCCCCCAUCUCAGCACUUUCCGGGAUCCAGAAGAACGCAGGAAGGCCUUCCUCGCUCACAGCUCUGAUUCAACGACCCGGUUUGGAUAUCUGGGACAAGGAAUUCAUACGAUCAGUUGAAGAGGGGACGACGUGAUCGACGCUACCCAAGACACCUUAGGAAGUCACCGCCUUUCUUCUCAUUCAGGAUGUGCCUAGAUAUUUUCAGAGUGGUAGCCCAGAAGCUUCAUUUCAAUGUUGGUUAAAACUGUAAAUCCAUAUUGUCAAUUCUUCCUGAUCUGUAUCUGCUUUGACUGGCGUGACUUAACGCUCUUCCGGUUGGUAUUGACAUGUAAUGAUGUGGUGGGCUGGAGUGAGGGGUUCAAGGAAAGUGCCAACACUUCAUCACAUUUCUGACCAACCUUUCUGCAGUCAAUCCCUCCAAAUGGAGUCAGAUUUGGCCGUCCUUUCAAUCGUCACUUCAGAUGUCUCUAUUUAGCAUUCGGGCCUCAGAUCCGUUAACAGAUCACAUAUUGACUACACGGCAUUUGCUUGAAUCAGUAGAAUCUCGGUCGAGCUGAUGAAUGGGCAUGAUGAUAACGUCUCAACUACGUGGGCAUUCAUGUCAAUUUCAGGUUCUCACUGGCUUCUCGGAUUGGUGUGACCAUACAAAACACUGAAAACAAUCUCUUAAAUUAAGAAAAACAUCCCAAGUCAUCGUAAAACAUGCAAGCAAUUUCCAAAUGUAACAUCUCUGUAAAUAUCAAACACACUCCUAACGUUUAGAAGCUGAUGCAUCUUAGUGUCGUCUCUUUUUAAUUCAAACACUCACACAGCAAAUGGUGGAAUAAUGAGUGGUGUAGAAGGUUCGCAGGAUGGGCAUGCAACCAGACCACCAGGGUUAUAAAGACAAGACCCCACUAAACGUCGUCACUAUCAGGGCCAUUUCAGCACAUUUCUGCAUUCAUGUUAUUAUCGUUGUUGGUUUUGUUUUUCAUCUGCUCUCCAUUUGCAUUAUGAACUCAGCAGGGCACUACAAACGCUUAAAAGAGACUUGGCCUUUAAAGUUAUCUCCUCAAAAAUGUGAAGCACACCACAAUAAAAGCACAAACACCCAAAAGAGAGUCAAAGACUGAGAGGGGAACCCUAAACCCCUGGCCCAAAGAGCAGAAAAACAAAGCUUCUUGGGAAUAUUUCUGGUUUAUUACUCAAGAAAGGUUCAAUAAAACAGGAGCAAAAAUGUUCUGUAAGGUUCACCUACAAGCCAAAUAUUUAACAAAACCCAGUUUGAAAUCUACAUAUCAAUAACCUGAAGACAAAUUAAAGAAAUAAAAAUGUAAAUUAAAAUUAAAUAGAAAAUCUUAAAAGAGCAAAUACAAAACAAGAAUCCAAACACAAGAGAAAGAGACCAGAGGAGAGCAAAUGCUUUGGCAUUAAUAUCGAGAUCUUGCAGCUUAUGUUUAAGGCAGAGGGCCGCCCCCCUUAGGUUAAGCAUACAAAGACAAAAUGUAAAUGUAAAACACAAAAUGAUUAAUAAACAAGACAACACCAUUAAGAAAUACAAAACAAAAAGAAAGAAAAUAAAACAUGUUAUAGCAUUAAACACAAAAGAAUUCCUAAGAAAACAACAAAGUAGUAAAUAAAAAGUAAAGAAAUCUGUAACAAUUGACUUACUGGUGCUCGCUGUGUCACAUGUCUGUGACCUCAUCUGCUGUGGCCCUUCCUCAUGUGUUGAACUGUCAUAUCCCGAGCAACAUUUUUGUAUAACUGCCAACCGUGACAUCCCUUUGACCAGUUAUACUCGUCCGCAGUGAUAUUUUCAUGCAGGCAAGUAGUCGGAAAGCAAAAGUCAAUUCUAUCUUUCAAUCAAACUGGAAAAAACCGGGACAGCACAAACAAAAGUCUUAGAAAGAGUUUGAAUUUGAGGUUUAUUCUCUAACUCGGGUACAAAAUAGCCACUAAGAUGACCUUUUAACCCUCACCUCCUUGACCCCUUCAUGUUGUGACCCUUGAGGCCAGACCCUGGCAACUAGGAUCUGGGUCCACAAAAUGGUGGCCACAGCCACAAAACAAAAUAAAAUGGCGUCCCAGCAAAAUACUAGAAAAUUACAAGUUCCUGAGCAAUGUGUUAAAACACCAAGUUUGACUUCAAAAUUCAGAACCCCCGAAGCAAAUAGUCAGAAUCCAUUCAAGACAAAGCUCCAAAAUUUAUUUAUGAAAAAUACCAAUACUAACACGAAUGACGGGAAAACACUAGUGUGUUUAUUCAGCCAUCCUAAAAAGAAAGAAGACCUCCUGAAAAGAAAUAAAUAAAUAUGUUUGUGUUUGGAGUGUGUUUGUUUGUUUCAAAAUGAAACCUCCAUUUGUUGGGUUGUAUUCUCUGUAAGAAGGGACCGGGAGCUCUGAACUGAGUAGCAGACUUCAGAAAAAUAGUGAAGAGCUUUUUAGUUCUGCUCUUAGUUUAAGUUUACUUUAUUCACUUUUGAAGUUCUGGGCCCAUAAUCAGGGUCCUCUAAAUUACGGACCCUGUCAGAUUUGUGACUUGGUUAAGUGAAAAAUCUGCAUAAAAAUAGUUUAAAGUUAAAAGGAUAAGGACAUGAAACAAAGUUUUUUUUUUUUAGGAACACAUAAAAAUCACGAUGGAAAAAAAAUAUGAAAAAGAGGUCCAAAACGAGGCAGCCAGAAAGAAUUGUAGUUAGAGAAUCAGAGCAGAAGUCCAAAACCAAAACUAAUCAGGAGAACAAAACAAAACAAUUCACGAGGUCACCCAAUCAAGGUUUGUCUUUGAAUCCCAAAACCAGGAGGUGAGCCUGCUGGCCUGCUGUCUUAAAUAGUCCAUAAGUGAUGACAUCACACGACGCUGACCCUGUGACAGCAACCAGCACAGCAACCAGUAAACAACAAGGCCGCUAGCACAAGAAAAUGACACGAAAUAGUGGCGCGGACAGCAAAAUGACUCGCAUGACAGCAGCGAUGUGACAUUAUUGUCACAAGUAAAAACUUCAAACUCUCAGAACUCUGUAGAACUUCAAAGUAAUAAGAUUCACAACAGCAUUUAUGGUUCAGGGACCUCGAUGGAAUGAAUUUUCUGUUUUUUGACCACAGAUCAUCUUAUCUUACAAUUUAUAAUCAUUUUGUUUCUUUCUUUGGAUGCAUCUUCAAAAUUAAAUUAUGAUCCAGCCGGCUUACAGA